CCUACCCCUUCCCUCCCCGGCCGAUAUUUCCCUUCUCGGCGCCGUUUGUAAUGUCCAAGUGCCGCUCCGCAAGCUCCACAUCACCUUCCGCUGCGGUGAUCUUCCCUUCGAUUACAUGCCAUGUAAUUUGUUCAGCGGACUUUCAAGAUGUGUACCCUAGGAGACGAUAGAAGGAGCGGCUCGUUGAGCUGCCUCAAAAUAAACCCAGAAGAGCGAUUCUUAUAAAUGACAUUGUUAGGCCACGGCUCUUCUCUCAAGUUUCACCAAUCACUUCUAACAUUCAUCACACUCGUAACUCUCAAAACUACAUCAACCAAAGAUUCCAAGAUCGCCCAAGAUGUCUUCAACUCCAGCUACGCAAGAACCUUGGUCGCUCGCCGGCAAGACAGCCAUCGUCACCGGAGCGUCUCGCGGCAUCGGACAAGCCAUCGCCAUCCACUUAGCCCGCAAGGGUCUCUCCAAGUUGGCAAUCACAUACGCCAGCAACUCUGACGCGGCACAAAAGACUCUAGACGAGUGCCGCAAACUCGGGGUAGAAACCGCCAUCGCCAUCCAAGCAGACGCACUCGACCCUACCUUUGGUCCCAAAAUCGUCUCCCAAACGCUCCAGCAGCUUUCCACCACCUCCAUCGACAUCCUCGUCAACAACGCGGUCCUGAGCGACUACUCCAAGGUGGAGCCCAUCAAGGACACGACGCUUCCCGUCUUCCUUCAAGUCAUGCAGGCCAACGUGUUCGCCCCCAUCUCCCUGACGACCGCCGCCAUACCUCACUUGCCCUCUCAGGGCGGCGGGCGCGUCAUUGCCAUCUCGAGCGUGCUGGCGUACCAGGCCAACUCGGAUCCUACCAUGACGUACGGGGCCAGCAAGGCCGCCUUCCAGAGCUACACGCGCUCUCUCGCCGAGGCGUUUGGCAAGACCACCAAGGCGACGUUUAACAGCGUCAUUGUCGGUCUGACGGCGACGGACUCAAUCAAGAAUAGUCAGGACUUGUUGCCUGCAGGGUAUCUCGACGGGCAGAUUCGAGACACGACGGCGGCGGACCGGAUUGGGGUUCCCGAAGACAUUGCGUACGUCGUCGGGUUCCUUGCUAGCGAGGAGGGGCGCUGGGUCAACGGGGCUGCUGUUAGUGCCAACGGAGGCAAUCGUCUUGUUAUGGCUGCUCUCGGGUGAAUGGGUUUUAUUUGAUUGGGAAGCUAUUCAGACCACGACACUACUAUGACUUUUAUGGGUACCUCUUGUAGAAAGAAUUGCAUAUAGAAAAUAAAUCUUCUUUCAAAG